UGAGUAAUGAGACUUUGGAUCCAAACUUGUGUUUGAAUUGUAGUGGCUCAGAAAAGCCUAGCACCAUAGAAUCUGGUUACCCUACGUAGCACUGAUGAAACUACUUUUAAACAGCAAGGGGCUACUAUUAAUGUUUAUGUGGAAUAUAUUUCUUUUCUCAAAAGCUUUUCACCACAGAAAGUUAUACUCGAAUGCAGGAGGGACACUGCUGUGAUGAUACAUUGUAUUUGAAGGUAAACAUUAGAAAUGCAUCUUUAAGCUACUUUUUAAUAGUCUUUUUUAAUUUUUUUUUAAACAGUCAUCUUGAAGAGAAAACCCAGUGGGAGCAUCCUAAAUCUGGAAAGAGAAAACGCGUUGCUGGAGAUCUGCCAUAUGGGUGGGAGCAAGAAACAGAUGAAAACGGACAAAUCUACUUUGUGGACCAUAUAAACAAAAGGACUACGUACCUUGACCCCAGACUGGCAUUUACAGUUGAAGAUAAUCCAGUGAAGUCUACUUCUAGGCAGAGAUAUGAUGGAAACAGUACUGCAAUGGAAAUCCUUCAGGGUCGUGAUUUGAGUGAAAAAGUGGUUAUAAUCACUGGAGCGAAUUCAGGAAUAGGAUUUGAAACUGCAAAGUCUCUUGCGCUCCAUGGUGCCUGUGUCAUCCUUGCUUGCAGAAAUAUGUCGAGAGCCAAUGAAGCUGUGCAACGCAUCCUAGGGGAAUGGCACAAAGCCAAGGUAGAAGCAAUGACCUUAGACCUUGCUUCUCUUCACAGUGUGCAGCACUUUGCUGAAGCAUUCAAAUCCAAGAAUGUGCCACUCCAUGUGCUGAUCUGCAAUGCUGCUGUUUUUGCUGCUCCCUGGUCCUUGACAGAAGAUGAUCUGGAGGCCACCUUCCAGGUGAAUCACUUGGGGCAUUUUUAUCUUGUCCAACUUCUUGAAGAUACUCUCCGCCGCUCAUCUCCAGCAAGAGUUGUGAUGGUUUCAUCAGAAUCACACAGAUUUUCAGAAAUUAAAGAUUCCUCAGGAAAACUUGACUUCAGCCUGCUUUCUCCAUCUAAGAAAGAGUUCUGGGCUAUGGUGGCCUACAACCGUUCCAAGCUUUGCAAUAUAUUGUUCUCCAAUGAGCUAAACCGCCACCUUUCUCCCUAUGGGGUGACAUCUAAUGCAGUGCAUCCUGGAAAUAUGAUAUACUCAUCCAUUCAUCGCAACUGGUGGGUGUAUACCCUGCUGUUUACCUUGGCUCGGCCUUUCACCAAAUCCAUGGUCCUACAAACCGUCCAUGAAUUGUUCCUCCCACUCAAAACGAUACUUCUCAGGAAUUCUUACAGGGGAAAUAUGAAAGGGAAGGGAGAACAAAGAGGUGAGAAAAGGCUUCAUUAUUUCAACCCAGUCAUAAGACUUCUAAUUGGUGUUUGCUUUUUUAAUAAACACAUUAUGUUAAUAUCACAAUUAUAUCUAUAACAAGAAGAUUCAUGGAGAUUUAAAUGAAAUAGGCAGUCACAAUUUUUCAGUGUUUCAAAAGUGAGCAAUUUUACCCGAAAAUGCAUGCACAUGAACAUAUACAGGGAUAUUGAUGGAAGUUUGCUGGAAAUGUGUGCCUAAAUGUCUUCAUGGGUGGCUUCUUUGUCCAUAACACUUAUUUGGAUGUUUUAAUGGAGAAUGCCAUAUUCUUUUGUAUAUAUUUUAUUGCCAGACUCAGACCCUGUGGUUCUUGGCAUUCGUACUUCAUAGCAGUGUCCUUUGUUUAUUUUACACGAGGGCAAAUAUUCACUUCACUGUCUUUCUCCUCAUAUAUCAGCAUCUGUAUUAUAUCUUUACUAUUACAGAUAAAGUGAAAGAUCAAUUAAAUUACAUUUUAGUUAACUGAAAAAUAAAACCUAUGUAGAAAAAUAAGUUCCCUGGUGCUUUUAAUGUACAGUAUUUUUCUUCAUAAUUUUCUGAGGCUAUGAAAUUAACUCAGAGUAUCACUAUGCAAUUGCUAAACUUUUCUUAAUGAUCCAGCUGCUUUUUUAUGUUGACAUUGCCGUAAAAUGUUGUUUUUGUGGAAUGUUGAUUGAUAUUUCCCAGAAAUCACAUAGUGACCAUCCACAAUGGAAUGGGUUGCAUUCGUGGUUCUGUUAGAAAUAAAUCAGAUUACAUCAAGGGUAUGUGUGAGUGAGUGUUUAAAUCCUGGCCUUAUUGAAAUCAAUGGAUAAACUCCCUUUGACUCUGUAGAGUCAGGAUUUCACCCACUGUGUUUCAGCAUCCUCAGAAGGACAUCUACUGACUGUUGCAUAGUUUUCCACAGACAAUAGUGCCAUCAGGAGACACGUGUUAGUCUGGUGCAGCUGAAACAAAAAACAGGACUGUGUAGCACU